AUAUGCUAUUACUGUGCAUAAUGGCUACAUGUAUCUGUUUGGCUGAAUAUAGAUUUUUGGUCUUCAGCAACGUCCGUGUCGUCUUGUAUUUUGUAAAAUAUACAACUUCUUCGUAGUUAACAGCUUCAUCUCCAUGUGCACCAUUCAUCAUCAAAAUUGAAUAAAUCAGGCAGAUGUAACUCGGGAUGUAACUCUUCUCUUUCCACGUUCCUAUCCGGUGUUUCUAUAUUACAAGCGACUGGAUAUGUGGCCACAGAGCUCAUGAAUAGACUAGGAUGCCUACGAUGUGGAUUUGUGUCUCUGCAAUGUAUACCUGCUGAGGAUGACAUCAAUAAUAUGGCCGGAUAAUAUUGGUCCUUGAGCUGAUCUGUAACGAUUGAGGCUUGUCUCACGCACUGCGAAGUGCUUAGAGAACUUCGCAAGCCGCAAAUAAAACUUCUAAAUUUUUCGAUUUUCGAACAGCGAGAAUAAUAUAGCACGGAUGCAUAAACUUAGAUUAUUGAUGAUGUAUGAAUUUCAAUGAGAAGUGAUGUUGGCUAUUGAACGAAGCAGCGAUCAGCUAGGAUGGGGAGAAAGAAUAUUGUUAUUCUCCUUGCCUUUGGUGGAGUUUGCAUUCUCCUGUCAUUUGUCUGGAGAAACAGCAAGGUUGACGACCAGCCUUUUUCUAGUGCCCAGAUUUCACGGCAUCCAGAAUCCCAUCAUACAUCUCAACGACAGAUCAGAUUGAAAAAUAGAAAGAACCAAUACCACAGACAGACCAUUUUUCAGUCCAAAUCGCAGUCAAUCUACAGCAAGGAAGUUGAAGCAGAUCGUCAACAGUUUGCCAUCCUUCAGGAACGUCUAGCUCGUUUAAACGAACAUUGUAAGCUAUUCCAAAGCCCUGACAAAAAACGAGAUGUUGCCAGACAUCCACCGGACACGCUAAUCGUCAACGAAGAACAUCGAAUCAUUUAUUGCAAUGUACCCAAAGUGGGCUGCACCAACUGGAAGUCGGUUCUCUUGAAGUUGGCCGGAUUUGAUAAAAUCAACAUUUCAGCGUUGCAUACCAUGGGAACAAAUACAAAAGGAAAAAUCUACCUGGACUAUCUGCACAGAUACCCAAAUAUAAGUCACCGUCGGUUCAUGUUACAGAACUACACAAAAUUCUUUUUCGUGAGGCAUCCGUUCACUCGGAUCCUGUCGGCUUUCCGAAAUAAAAUUGCCCCAAAGACAUCCUACUAUUUCCGUAACAAAGGCCAAGAGGCGGAGCGGUGGUUGUCGAGAUAUGGGAGUCAAAUCAUUGAAAAAUAUCGUGGCAAAGCCGAAGCAAAUCGUGUCAGUUCAAAUUGGAAUAAAGAGUACGAUCUAACAUUUUCCGAAUUCAUUCGUUUCUUGGUAGAUCCUUUCACAGACUCCUACAAUAAACAUUGGUCUGAUAUCCAUUCCAUGUGCCUCCCUUGUGACAUUGACUAUGACGUCAUUGGUAAAUACGAAACUAUAAACGAAGAUGCUGAUUACAUUUUACGACUACUUAACGUAGACCCAGGAAUCACUUUUCCAACACCAAAUCCAUUGACGAUGACCAAUAGUUCCAGUGGAAAACUUGUCGAUAAGUAUUACAAAGAAGUACCCAAGUUAUAUUUGUACCAAUUGGCGAAACUAUAUGACGUGGAUUUUGAAUUAUUUGGUUACGACCCUGUGCCAUUUCUUAACAUCAAUAACUAGAAUAUUUCUGUUUGUGAAUCUAUACGAUGUGCCUUAUAAAGAGAGAUAUAUUUUCAUGAUAUUCAUGUAUUAAUGUAUUUGUUUUUAUAUUUCAUACCCGGGUCACUUACAUUAUAUUCUUAAUGUAGCGGACCCAAUCGUAAGAACUAUAUGAGCUUGCUCGAUUUGUUUGUUUUAUUUAUUUCACCAUGUAACAUGAUUAAGAUAUUAUUCAUAUUGAAUAUUAUAUUUGCAGAUAAAACAUCGUAGGAACGAAGUAUAAACGAAGUUGAAGCACAGGGUCUUUAUUCAAAUUAAAAUGUGGCUUGAAAUAAAGUGUUUAUAUUAAUAUGGUAACAAAAACUGAUAAGUUGAAAUAAAAUCUUAAAUCAUGCCCCUAUACAGCAUAUUAAUAUUUAUACAAAUCGUUCACACAUAAUAUAUUAUGAAAAUAAAAAGCAUAAUCAUGCACCUCAACGAUCACCAAGAUCAUUAUAAAAAGUAUCAGAGUAUUUUUAGAGAUGCAAAUCCUUCCUAUUCUUUUCCAAUAUUGAUUGUUACAAUUUCGUGUAUGUAAAGGUAGUGAAUUACAAAAUGUUAUCGCACCCACUUAUUUUUAUAUUAACAUAAUAAACAUAAUCAGUGGUCCUACCAUGGCCCAACCAAAAAAGUGCUUUAUCACUUUUUGGAGCGAACAAAUUGGAUAGCGAUAAUUGUCUCUAUCAAAUUAGUUAAUUGUGUCACAGCUGCAUGCAUAACCCCAUAAUGAAUAAUCUUGUCAGUAUGAUUUCGAUGCACGUCUACAAACAAAUGAGUUGUUCAAUAAGAAUAUUAUCGAAAAGAAACGUAGUGCAUGCAGAACCUGAAAGGUCAAGUCCAUCACCCAAGAAAAACA